GUGGCUGUGUUACCUAGUGACGACCUGCCUGUCCAAGACCGAGUGCGGAAGUAAAAACUGUACUGUGCGGGUUCUGGAUUCCGUACUCCUGUGGACGGUUUGCAAGAUCCUCCACCCGACACAGACUGCUUUCAAUUCAAAACAAACAUUUGUGAUUACCAGAAGUACACGAGAUGGCAGGACGAUUACCGGCGUGUGUUGUCGACUGUGGUACAGGAUACACAAAGCUGGGGUAUGCAGGGAACACAGAGCCACAGUUUAUCGUUCCAUCAUGUAUUGCAAUCAAAGAGUCAGCCAAGGUUGGAUCAAGGACGGUCAAGGGGGUGGACGACCUGGACUUCUUCAUUGGCGACGAGGGGAUAGACAAGCCCAAUUACGCCACAAAGUGGCCGAUCCGUCACGGCAUCGUGGAGGACUGGGACCUAAUGGAGAGGUUCAUGGAGCAGGUCAUCUUCAAGUACCUGAGGGCAGAGCCUGAGGACCACUACUUCCUGUUGACAGAGCCUCCUCUGAACACACCAGAGAACAGAGAGUACACAGCAGAGAUCAUGUUUGAGUCCUUCAACGUCCCAGGGCUCUACAUCGCAGUGCAGGCUGUUCUGGCACUGGCGGCCUCCUGGACAUCCAGACAGGUAGGGGAGAGGACACUGACGGGGACGGUCAUCGACAGUGGAGACGGAGUCACCCACGUUAUCCCUGUGGCUGAGGGCUACGUCAUCGGCAGCUGUAUAAAGCACAUUCCCAUCGCUGGUCGUGACAUCACCUACUUCACCCAGCAGCUUUUGAGGGAGCGGGAGGUGGGCAUCCCCCCAGAGCAGUCCCUGGAGACAGCCAAGGCAGUCAAGGAGCGGUUCAGCUACGUGUGUCCGGACCUAGUGAAAGAGUUCAGCAAGUACGACACGGACGGCUCCAAGUGGAUCAAGCAGUACACCGGCAUAAACAACAUCAGCAAGAAGGAGUUCACCGUCGACGUAGGCUACGAGCGCUUCCUCGGCCCUGAGAUUUUCUUCCACCCGGAGUUUGCCAAUCCUGACUUCACCCAGCCCAUCUCUGAAGUUGUGGACGAGGUUAUCCAGAACUGCCCCAUUGAUGUCAGACGUCCCCUUUACAAGAACAUUGUAUUGUCGGGCGGCUCCACCAUGUUCAGGGACUUUGGGCGGCGCCUGCAGAGGGACCUGAAGAGGACGGUGGAUGCCAGGCUGAAGAUGAGCGAGGAGCUGAGCGGGGGCAAGCUCAAGCCCAAACCAAUUGAUGUGCAAGUCAUCACUCAUCAUAUGCAGAGAUAUGCAGUGUGGUUCGGAGGAUCCAUGUUAGCCUCAACUCCUGAGUUCUACCAGGUAUGCCACACCAAAAAGGACUAUGAGGAGAUUGGCCCUAGCAUCUGUCGCCACAACCCCGUGUUCGGAGUCAUGUCUUAACUGUGGCCCUCCAACAUCCUAAUGGUUAGACCGGGUGGGGUCGGUAGGGUUGGGUUGGGAGGGGAGACAGUGGGUCAGGGGUGGUGAGUUUGGCCUUUUUGAUUGCUUGUUCACUCUGGAUGUACAGAACGAGAGGCGAUACAGAGUUUUUUUUUUUGUUUUUGUUUUUUUUAUGAGAAAAAAAGAAACAGUCCGGCUGGAAAAUGUAUUGUGAAUGUUCCUUUUUUUGUUUUGUUUUUGUUUUCCAAAAUGAGGGAAAUAUGGUUUCUAAACCAAAACAAUAAAAGAUCAUUUCCGGAUCUGUCAAGCAACAUGCAGAAAGCUAAACGAUGAUGGUAAGGAUGGUGGUGGUUGAUGUAAUGAUGACAACAACAUUGAUGAUAAUAAAAUCAGAAGUCAUAAAACAUUAUUUAUGUUAAAAGAACUUGAGUCCGAGCGAUAUCUGACGACUCGAAGAUAUCGUUGAUCAUGCCAAGGUUAUAGAACAUAUUAAUGUCGUCUUUAUGUUCCAUUUAAUUUUUCUGCUUCAAAUGCACUUCACUUUGUGUAUCACAGCAAGAGCUUGUUUAUAUUUCGUAAAGGUUUUUUAUAUGUAAAACUUGGGAAAUUGGGGAAAGUUUUUAUUGCAUACCAGUAUCAGCAAGUGACUGUUUUAACCCACAAUGCAGCUUUGAUACGCAGUAUUUUCUUAAGUUAGAAAACUGAAAUGUUUCUCCCUCAUCAUUCCCCCAUUGUCUGUCCUUGCUAUUCUCCCUUUAAUUCUACAUUAACAUUAACAUGCCUUCGCUUUCACUUUCGACCAUGCCAGAUUUCCCUCUUCUAUGUCUUAGCGAAAGAAAAUAAAACGAUUCAUGAAAUAAUAACAAUGAAAUUGAAAGAGCGUGACUGUCGGACCAGUAUUGUUAGCCUAGAUUUGUUUUCAAAUUAAAUACCAAAUUAUAAAAAAUAAAAAAAGAUGGGAUUUGUUUAUUUAAUGCCUCGCAACAUUCCAAUAAAGGCUCAGAUUUGUUUCUUAA